AUAACAUAGCUGAAUUUAAAAAUAAACCUUGAACAUUCAAUAUCACACUCAGCCCUAAAGAUGUAUAAUGGCGCCUACUUAAUAGGAAAACCAAGGUAAAAUAGCGAUCUAAACAUUGGCCUUACCAUUUCCAGGAGGCCGGCUGCUUGGGCAUGCGUGCUGGACGCUGCGCAUGGCCAAGGGGAAAAGUCGUCGGUGGAUCCUCCGUUUUACAUUCCAUGAUGCAUACCCGUGGCAACAGGAAAGACUAUGAUCUAUGGGCCGCUAAUGGAAAUCCAGGAUGGAAUUACGAUAAUAUUUUGAAAUAUUUUAAAAAAUCGGAGAAUAUGCAAAUUCAGGAAUUAGCAAACGAUAUAAAAUACCACUCUACAUAUGGACCGAUGAAUAUCCAAGAACCGAACUGGAGAAGCCCACUGUCUCGAGCAUUUUUGGAUGCUGGUAUAGAAACUGGUAGUAAAAUUGUAGAUUACAAUGGGGAGAAACAAAUUGGAUAUUCUUACAUUCAGUUUACUAUGAACAAUGGAAGUAGAGUAAGCUCGAGUCGCGCAUUUCUUCACCCAAUUAAAAACCGCAAAAAUUUUCAUCUUGCAAAAAAUGCAAUGGUUACAAAAAUUCUCAUAGAUCCUUGGAAGAAGAGAGCUUUCGGUGUACAAUUAAUGAAAGAUGGAAAAAAGUACACAGUAAAAGCAAGACGGGAAGUGAUUCUAUCUGCAGGUGCUAUCAAUUCACCACAAUUAUUAAUGUUAAGUGGAAUCGGUCCUACGGAGCAUUUAACAAAUAAAAACAUAUCAACCUUCAUUAAUUUGCCAGUGGGUUAUAAUCUUCAAGAUCACUGGGCACUCGGAGGACUCACAUUUACAAUAAACACAACAGACUCACUGAGAAUUGAAAGCAUCGCCACUUCAGAUAAUGUUAUUGAGUAUUUCUGUCACCAUACUGGCCCUUUAGCAGCUCCAACUGGCACAGAAGCUAUUGCCUUCAUUGACACAAAGGACCUACAACAUAACUCAGACGGCUAUCCAGAUUUAGAGUUACUAUUUGUGGCCGGUUCCAUUGUAUCGCAGCCAGCAUACAAACAUGUUUUUGCCAUUGAUGAACAUUUAUAUGACGUGGUUUACAAGCCAAUUAAUAACAGGCACACUUGGAUGGUAUUUCCAAUGAUAUUACGUCCUAAGUCAAGAGGCCGAAUAACUUUGAAAAACAAUAAUCCUUUUGAGAAACCAUUGAUAUACGCAAACUAUUUUACAGACGAUGGGCAUGAUGAGAAGAUAAUAUUAUAUGGCAUCAGAAAAGUAAUAGAAUUAUCAAAAACUAAGGCAUUUCAAAAAUAUGGGAGCAAAUUACAUGAUAUACCAAUACCGACAUGUGCUCAUUUAAAAUUUGGUUCGGAUUUGUAUUGGAAAUGCGCAAUGAAAACAAUUACAAAUACAAUCUACCACCAUUGUUGCACUGCUAAAAUGGGACCAAAAAGCGAUUCAGAGGCCGUUGUAGAUGCUCGUUUAAAAGUUCAUGGAAUCGCAGGACUUAGAGUAGUAGAUGCCAGUGUAAUGCCACAUAUACCAGCUGCUCAUACGAAUGCACCAACGAUGAUGAUCGCUGAAAAAGCAGCUGACAUGAUUAAGGAAGACUGGGGAAUCUCCAUUUAGAUUUAAGCAGAUUUCUCAAUUUUCAAAUACACGAAAGAAGGAAUACUGUUCCUUCCUCCAAGGUGAUAGAAUGACGAACUCGCACCGUAUGGCGUAGCGUUGGCGGACCCACCAAUAGGUGAACUCAAUACAGCAAACGAGUCGCAGGGAGCCGUAGGAUUCAGGCGGCGCAAGACUGUGAUAUAUGGAAGUUCCUACAAGAGACUUAUGUUCAGCUUUGGACGUAUAUCGGUUGACGAUGAUGAUGAUUAUGAUGACUGCUCUAUCGUAACAACUUUUAACUCUUAAUUUCAUAGUUCAUAUUUUUGCAGCAGAAAUAAUAACAAUUAAAAAUUUGAAGUUAUGUGGACUUUUGGUUUGUGUAUCGUAAAAUUUAUGGCAAAGGUACACUUUGAACUUGAAAACCCCAAGGUUGAACUGCAUUUGGUUUUUCGAUAAAUAAUAAAAGUUUUUUGAAUAAUUUAGUUUGUGUUUAGACAAUACCCGCGAAUGGCGCGAUUAAGACAAUUCUCGCGACUUCGUUCGCGUGGAUUUCAGUGUUUUAAAAUACCGUGAGAUUUUCCUCCUUCCUUUCAUUUUCCGGACUAAAAAAAUAACCUAUGUCCGUUUCUGGAAUGCAAGCAAUGUCUGUAUCAAAUAAAUGAGGCCCGUGACAUCGUCAGUGUGGCUUUAGAUAUCUUAAAAUCCCAUGGAAACUCUUUGAUUUUCCGGGAUAACAAGUGGCUCAUA